UCGAGUGAAAGGGACAAACAACCCGCACGACGAAAGCGCUUACAUCCACCUUACCAUGAUCUGAAAAACUCCGCACUUUACAUUCCCAUCGAUAAUCACAAGGUCAAAAUUGCAACCAAAUCCCAACAUGACCGAACUUGAGGAUGAGCGGACGGCAGAACUAGAAACGCUUGAGGCAAUUUACGGCAGCAGCUUAGUCGCGCGCAGCGAAUAUUCUGCAUGUCUCGAGUUGCCUUUAUUGCUACCAAAGCCGUUACAGAUCAGGUGUCUCGCCGAUGGAGGCGGAACUGGAGCAACUGAGGUCUCGCACCUUCCACCGCUACGCAUUCGCUUCAAGCUACCUCAUGGCUAUCCAAACGAAGCAGGUCCCACGAUUCACGUGGAAUCCUUGUGGCUACCCGAGGAUACAGCCCGCAAAUUGGCAUUGGAGGGUACAUCGCUGUGGGAAGAGUAUGGCCACACACAGGUCAUGUUCGCCUACGUCAGUCAUCUAGAGGAAGCAGCCGAGGCAGCCUUUGGUCUGAAGAGCUUGGAGGUAACGAGCGAUGUUCAGUGCCAGCUAUUAGUUUUCAAUCAGAGUGCAAAACAGCAUGCUUUCGAGAAGGGCACAUAUGAGUGUGGCGUUUGCCUGGACCCCAAGAAAGGCACCUGGUGCCACCAAAUGGGCGAAUGCAGGCACGUGUUCUGCAUCGACUGUCUCCAAGGCUACUACAAUAAUGCAAUUAUGACCGGCAACAUCGACGAUGUGAAGUGUCCCAACUUCAGCUGCGGUGGCAAUGACAGGUGCACACAACGCACGCGACUUAUUACGCCUCGCGAGCUACUUCGGAUUCCAAUCGAGCGACCCGCCGUCCAGCGCUACGUCAACCUGAGACGGAAGAGGAAGUUGGAGAUCGAUAAUUCAACGAUGUGGUGCCCUCGACAAUGGUGUCAAGGAGCGGCACUAGGCAACAACUAUCCCAAAUCGGACGUCCCACUGGAGGAGAUGGACGCCGUGUAUGAGGAAGACAUAGACUGUAGCCCAGUCGUCAUUGAAGCACUGAUCGAGGACUCAGACGAGACCGAAGACACAGCCGAAGCACGCGAAGAGAUAAAGGAACGCGCCCUCCUCGCCUCCCUUCUCCAGAUUUGCGAAGACUGCUCGUACGCCUUCUGCCACCUCUGUCGUCGCACCUGGCAUGGCGACUUCUUCGAUUGCCGAGCGCGCAUCAGCAUCCCGUCCGAGCGCACCAUCCUCGAGCAAGAAGAGGAAUCAUCACUCGUAUUCAUCAGGAACAACACGACAAAAUGUCCCAAGUGCGAUACGCCAGUGCAAAAGAGUGAAGCCUGUAACCACAUGACGUGUGUGCAGUGUCGUUCGCACUUCUGUUAUCUUUGUUCGACGUUCUUGAAUCCGAUGCAUCCAUAUGAUCACUUCAAUACAAUGGGAGGCUGGUGUUACCAGAGGUUAUGGGAGGGUCAGAAUGGGGAGGCUGUGAAUAGGUGAUGACGAAGGAACGGAGGACAUGUAUUGGUCGCGGAAGAAAGCGAUCGCCACAAGCCGUCGCUGUAGUUUCCUAAG